AUGCAAAGUAUAUACAACUCCAUUAUUAUUUUUAUAUUUAAGGUGCGUAUAGCAGCAAAAUUCAUAAUUCAUGCUCCUCCUGGGGAAUUCAAUGAGGUAUUCAAUGAUGUUCGAUUGCUGCUUAAUAAUGACAAUCUUCUCAGGGAAGGAGCAGCCCAUGCAUUUGCACAGUACAACCUGGACCAGUUUACUCCAGUAAAAAUUGACGGUUACGAUGAACAGGUUUUGAUAACGGAACAUGGUGAUUUAGGAAAUGGAAAAUUUUUGGAUCCCAAGAACAAGAUUUCCUUUAAAUUUGAUCACUUAAGAAAGGAGGCUACUGAUCCUAGGCCCCAUGAAGUUGAAAAUGCCAUAGAGUCCUGGAGAAAUUCAGUUGAGACAGCAAUGAAAGCAUAUGUUAAAGAACACUAUCCAAAUGGUGUCUGCACAGUAUAUGGUAAAACAAUUGAUGGACAGCAGACCAUUAUCGCAUGCAUAGAGAGCCAUCAGUUCCAAGCAAAAAAUUUUUGGAACGGCCGCUGGAGGUCAGAAUGGAAGUUUACAAUCACCCCUUCAACCACUCAAGUGGCUGGCAUCUUGAAAAUUCAGGUUCACUAUUAUGAAGAUGGUAAUGUUCAGCUAGUGAGCCAUAAAGACAUACAGGAUUCUCUAACGGUGUCUAACGAAGCCCAGACAGCAAAGGAAUUUAUAAAAAUCGUAGAGGCUGCAGAAAAUGAGUAUCAGACUGCUAUCAGUGAGAAUUAUCAGACUAUGUCGGACACUACUUUCAAGGCCUUACGUCGACAAUUGCCAGUUACCCGCACCAAGAUUGACUGGAACAAGAUCCUUAGCUAUAAGAUUGGAAAAGAGAUGCAGAAUGCUUAAAAUGAACAUUGCAUGACUGGAUCAUUUUAGUGUCCUUGUAUACAAAUAAAAAUGAUUACAAAAAGUAUUUGGAACUGUCAAAUCACCCAGUCAGCAUGGGCUUUUGCCACUGAAAAUCACUGUAAGUAGUUUGGUUAGAGCACAAAGCUUAGCUAAUUGACCUUUUGUUCUUUCUUUUCAGAGGGUUGAAACUUCAGUAUAGCUGAAUACCUUCCUUUAGAGUUUCUGUUUUACCUUUAUUUUUUUUAUAAUGAAGAGACCAUACCUUUAGUUUUCAAUUACAAAUUAAGAACAGUUUAAAAAAUAUUUUUGCAUACAAUAACCCUUUCUCUUGCUUUCAUGUGAAAUGGACAACUUCCAAAAUUUGCUGGAUCCCUUCAAGAGAUCAUUAAGUGUGCACUGCUAGGUCAAGCUCAACUUGGAGUUAGCCAUAGGUGCUGUUGAAAUCAUCUUUCCUUUCAUGGUAUGUAAAACUGGGGAAAGCAUUUUCUAUAUGGUUUAAACCUUUCAGAAUACUUAUUUAGCUAGCUCCGUGUUAACUAAACUUAUUUAAAAAAAAAAAAAAAAAGGGCCAAGGUCUAAUGCUGUUUUAAGAUUUUGAAAUUAAAUAAAAGUACUUAUUUCAGAAAUGCAUUUAAUGCUUUGUUCCUGACAAUUACUUAAGUGAGCUCAGACUCCAUCUGCCCUUGAGUUUUUUAUCAUAAAGCCACAAAUGUAUUAUAACAAGGCAUAUUGUAAUAUAUAUAAUCCUGUACUCUUACCAUGUCUGUCAGUUUAUUUUUUCUUGGAUUGAAAUGUACUAAAAUUCAAUGUGACAUUAAAAUGCGAAUUUUCUAUUUAUUUGAGUAUCAAAUUGCUUCCUGAUAUAGCUUAUUUUGUGGUGUUUAUAUAUAUUUUUGAAAUGCUGCUUAAAGCAGCCACAAACUUUUGGCCUGUUGGCUAUAAUUGCAUAUUCUCAGUGUAUUUGGAGACUGUAGUAUCAUCAUCCACUAUUUCCAUCUACAUUUAAGAAACAUCUACAUAUGUAAGUCUACUUAAAAUUUGCAGCUUAUAUCUUCAUAUUGGCUGCAGGGAAUGGAAGAAACUACAAGACCAAAAAUAACAAAUUUAUCUGGAUAAUACUUUCCCUGUCUGAUAGAUCUGGUAUUGAAAAUGGACUUUGGGUUUUUAAGAGCACAGACAAAAUCCUUCACAGAUACCAUAUUUAAUUGAAUGAAAACAUACUUAAAAAGAUGCUACCUAAAAAUAUGAUCAUGAUGGUAAAUAAAACAGUUUGUAUUGAGAAGGUAGGUAUUUAUGCAGACUCCUAGAACAGUAAAGCUCACACACAGGGUUUGCAUGUCUUUGUUUACAGCAUCAGCCAAUUAAUCACCUUUAAUUGUAAUUACAUCACAGCAAGAGAAAAAAUCUAGACUGGGUAAAAAAUGUACACACAAAGCAGUAUACUGUUUAAAUUUUAAUAGCAAUAGCCCUGUAUUCUAUUCUUCAGUGCUUUUGUAUAAAGGAGUAUAGAAUUAACAGAAGUUCUUUAAAUUGCUGCUACUUUACAGUACUAAACUGUAUAGUAGAAGAGUGGGCUUUGUUCUGCCACAUUCUUCUUGAAGAGCUGCCCUCUUAAUUGUCUUCCUAGAUCAGCUAUUGAACCAUGUUAUUUUUGUUGUUUGAAAGAAAGCUUCUAAAAGCUAUGUGUAAGCUAAUAACAGAUUCUGAGUCACUGUCUAGUCAGUCUGUCUUUCUUCAUUAAGAUCUAAAUACAAACUUUGUUACAGUGUUUUCUUCAACAUAUUUAAGAACAAGCUGAAGAGUAGGAGACAGCGAAUUGGACGGUUAUGAGAAUUGUUGAUGGGCAGCAAUGGUGCAAAUAACUAUUCUAGUUACUAGGAUAUUGCAUAUGACCGGAAUCAGCGCUGGCUAAAAGUCAGAAUGCUAUUUUUCUUACCUGAAACAAAAAGCUAAUUUUAAAUAUAUUCCUAAUAAAAAGGUAUUUUUACCAUAAAGAGCUCUAUUGUUGUUUCCCUCUCUGUUCAUUUAAUCCCUGGAUAGUCUCACUCCUUAUCUUCAAAGAAUAGCAUCCUGUAGGCUCAGUCCUGUCAGUGGGAUGACAUAAUUUGUAUUACUAAUGGUUUUUCCUGUUGUGUUAAUUUUUAGUCUGUGAGCCAGUUCUACACCUUGAGCAUCAAAUUAAGUUACAGCCCCAAUUAUGCAAUUUACUUGUUAAUCAAGUAUUCUGUUAUUU